AUGAACUCCGAAAUUCCUCUGAAAGCCCGUGUCGACAUCCGAGAUCAAUGGGACUCACCCAACGCUCCCAUACAUACCUCCAUUGCUACCUUGCAAAAGACUCUGGGCCACAAAAUCUCCCCACACGCAGAAUGGCCCGCCUUAUGGAGUCAACUCAAGGACCGCUUCUCCGAUAAAUCCAAAUUCGUGCCUACCGUCAUCAGUAUCGUCGUCGUCUGGUACGAGCGGCUCCUAGGGAGGCUGGACAAUGACGUGUACGCAGACUGGACAGAAGAACUCCUGUCUGCGCUUGAAGGAGGAGCAUCACUGCGCAUUGAGCCCGCUCCGCCCAAGGUCACGCGCCCGACCACAACCUGGGACAGGAAACUACGGUCGUUCCAUCUCGGAAUCCCUAACGCGGAGCCCAUGUCCCAAGCACGAGUAGCCAGCGUCUUUGAUAAAUACUUUGACGAUCUCUUUGGAGAGACAGCGGGUGUCGCAGACGACCAGGAGGACACAGAAUGGGCAUAUGUUUCCUCCGACCCAAGCUCCUGCAGUUGUUUCCGCCUCUUACCAUACCCAAGUACCGCCGGACCUAGCCCCUCUGAGCGCCUUCCAGUUCUUAGCUCCCUCUCUCGACCCUCAGAUCUCUUCACCUCGACCGCGCCCUAUAUUCUCACCAUCACCCUCCGUGGCCGCGAAGGCCUGGUCGUAUACUGCUCCCAUGAACCGACUCUCGAACUCUUGAACGAAUACCUCAAGAAAUGGGCAAAGACCAAUACUCAUGAUAGUCUGCGCCGCCCAAUAUUCAAGCUUACGCUUGUCGAGUCCGAUUUCUGCUUUGGGAUGACGGACACUCUCGUCAUUGAGCCCUACUUGUCACACCACGACGGCGUCAACCCCACGAUCGUCCUCGCAUUUAUUGAAGGCGUGGUUGGUUACAAGAUGGUUUACACCACGGGAUCGUACUGGAUGUAUCGUUGCACUACUUUGUUCAAAUAA